AUGCUGCAGUACAUAAACAUAUUACCCACCUCCUCACGCGCCAUCUUCUAGCUAAUAACCGGCCAGGAUAAAACUGUUUAAACCUCAGUGAGACUCAUUCCUAUCAAAAAUACUCGGUUGUAUGAACUAUAACGUUACUGAACAAUGAGUGAUAUUGAGGAUGGAAACUAUGAAGGACGGGGCUCACGCUCCCCAUCUAAAUUGGAUCGCGGGAGUCCAGAUCGGGUAAAGUCGGAGAGCAGGUCCGCCUCCCCAAGCCCAGCCCGGGCCCCCAAACGCUCUGAGUCCAGAUCCCGUUCUCGGUCCAAAACUAGGUCUCAUUCUAGGCGGCACUCAAACCGCCGCUAUAGCCGCUCACGCUCUCGGUCCUAUUCCCGCCGGAGGAAGUCCCGCUCUCGUUCCUACAGUCCCGAGUACCGCCGCAAGAAGAGCCAGAGCACUUCCCCUAUGUCGAACCGGCGCCGUCAGACUGGCAGCAGGAGCCAUGACUUCACAAAAGAAUCAAACGGUCAUGGGGGAGGAGAUGCUGAUGUUAGGGCGAACCCUGACCCCAGCACAUGCUUGGGGGUGUUUGGUUUGAGCCUGUACACCACAGAGCGCGACCUGAGGGAGGUGUUUUCCCGCCACGGUCCUCUGGCAGGGGUCAAUGUGGUUUACGACCAGCGCACGGGUCGCUCCCGCGGCUUUGCUUUUGUUUACUUCGAGAGAAUUGAGGAUUCCAAAGAGGCAAUGGAGCGAGCCAAUGGCAUGGAGCUGGACGGGAGGCGCAUCAGAGUGGAUUAUUCCAUUACUAAACGUGCUCAUACCCCCACACCUGGAAUCUACAUGGGCCGACCAACUCACAAUGGCGGUGGCAGUGGCGGCGGUGGAAGUGGCGGCGGAAGUGGCGGUGGAAGCAGCAGGAGGGGGAGAGACUCUCAUUAUGACCGUGGCUAUGAGCGCUACGACAGAUAUGACGAGUAUGACUAUAGGUACAGUCGCAGGCGCUCUCCGUCACCCUACUACAGUCGAUACAGGUCUCGCUCACGGUCUCGCUCUUACAGCCCACGGCGAUAUUAAGUUUCUUCUUUCAACAUUCAGCUUCCCUCCAAUAAUUGACGGUGUGUGUGAUUCAUCAAGGUGUUUCUGAGGGGAACAUUUUGGAUUAGCAUGUCUAUAUCAACAGAACUCUUACGUUUGAGAUGGUUCUUGUUUACAUGCAAUAGAUGUCUUAAGUUUUAGACGUUUUGAUGCAUCCAUGUUGAGUUUGAGCAAAGAAGUCUGCAACUGUUGCUUUAGACUUGCAUCCUUCCUUCCAUUUUUCAUUUUCUGCAGCAAUGAUACCCUUUUCUUUUCUCUACCUGUUAAGUGAUUGUUAAACGAUAUUCCUGAUCCCUUGUCAUGAUAAAUAAUGGUGACAUUUGAUUUUACAACCUGUAUUAAAUAAAUGUAUCAGUCCAGUAAAUCACAGCUUGAUCUCAAUGUUACCUAGCACUAACUGAGUUUACUGGUGAGUAGCAGGUAACAGGCUGUAAAACGGAGUGUUACCAGAAAUAGGUGGUUGGUUCUUUUGCUCACAUUCAUUCUUUUUUUUUUUUUUUUUUUUUU